AUGGCGGCGGUUGAACCAACCCAAUUGUUCUUUGCAUACGCUCACCGGACUGACAACUACUGGGCAUCUCGAUACCUCCUCACCUUUGCUUCCGUCGAUGUCUGUAGAGAAUGGUGGGGGCUUAUUCAAUCAGAAUAUCCGGACCAAGCUAUCCGGCUGGGACCCCAACUCUUCUCGUUUCAAGGGGAUAAUUUUCCAUCUAAACCUUGCACAAGCAAAAAGUUCGAGCAUCUGAAUGCAAAAUGGUUUUAUACCCAAUUUGGUGAUGCUACUGGUACAGCGGGAAGGCAUCAGGAUAUCGUGCCGCUGCAAGAUUCGGACGGUAACGUUAUAGGAGGAGUCGUAAACGGCAGCGGCGGACCGGGGCCCGAGCAAAAUGAGGCAGCCAAAGGCUUACAUGGUAUAGACAUUGGGGCUUUGGCAGAUAGCCUCCAAAAGGCACAAGGCGUAGCUGAACAGAAUAACGCCCAAAUCGCCCAACUUACAGACAAUCAUACCAAGAGCCAAGAGCGUAUUGAACGAAUGCAGGACUUAAUCGAAGGGAAUGCACAGCAGUUGAAGAAAUUGACCGAGUCGCAGGUCAAGGCUCAGCAGCAGAGUAAAGUCCUCUUGGACGAGAAUGCGAAGCUCUUACGCGAAUUGCAAAAAGUACAUUUUGCCCAAAAUCAGGCAAAUGGCAACACCGACCAUAAUGAUUUGUCGGAACAGCAGGUGUCAGCCCAGGGGUCGCCCCAGUGUGCCCAUGACGUGCAUCCGCCGCCACGCAAGAUCGACAAGCACUUAGUAGGAUAUGCCUACGGGCACGACGCUUCGAAGCGUGUGAAAGGUGCGAAGCGAUCAGAGCCAUCGAAAGUGACGCAGCAUUGA